AUGGAUUUGUUUUAUCAACAUUUGUCUGAAGCUGAUCCCAAAGAUCUGGAUAUACCUCUUAACAUUUAUUUAUAUGACUUUCUGAAUGAACUUGAGAAAAAUGGAGGAGAUUCGGCGGAGAAACUCAGCGAAGAAAAUAUAUUGGAAGAUGAUGAUGAUGAAGAAGAAGAAGAUUUGACGGAGAAACACAGCGAGGAAAAUGUCUUGGAAGAUGAUGAAGAAGAAGAAGAAGAAGAAAGAGAAGAAGAUUUCACAGAGAAACUUAGCGAAGAAAACAUCCUGGAAGAUGAUAUACCGGAUUUUGAACAUCAAGAUUCAGACUUUUUAAAUCUUGACAAAAUUUUUAUUGAAGAUGAUGAGUUUUAUGACAACAUUGUUGAUGAAUACUUUAAACCACAAACAGUUUUUAUCGAAAGUGACUCAGCUACUACUCUGGCCGAUUCUUCGGGAAAAAACAAUGCACAAACUAAUGAAAGCAUUCAAUCUAACUCUGGUAGCGAAACUUUCCCAAAUUCAGAGUCUAAUAAAGUAGAAGUAGAUGAUAGUCAAAUUUCUGAGCUUUUAUCUUCAGUCAUUGAAAUGAUUGCUCUUCGAGAUGAAAGAUUGUCACACAUUCCCAGACUUUCCAAUAAAAUGAAUUAUGCUUCUGACAAAUGGAUUAGAGAGCCCAAACUUAGAGGUCUUCGUCGAGAACUUAUAUCAUAUGUUAAGAUUAAUGAAAGUUUAUCAGGUGGUAUUUCAGUAUUAAAAAUGCUUCGUACAUAUUUUGAGUCUCACAGCAAUGUUUCAUUAAACCAGGCCAUCAAAUUUGCUACAACAGUUUUAGAACAGCAAAAUUUGGAUCCUGAUUUUUAUAAAACAGUUUUUUCCAAGAUCAGGAAUAUAUGUCAUUUUACUUUUAAAUCUGGAAAAGUUAAUCCCAAUUCGGAGCCUAUGAUUACGUACACAACAUAUAAAGAUAAGGCCAAAGAAGCUGGAAUUAGGUAUACAAAGGCCAGUGCAUUGAAAGGAUUUCCAGAGCAUAAUAAUAGAGAAAAUCUCAAAGAACUUUUUCCCAAAGCUAAAUUUAUUGAAAGCGAUGGUGUGAAAAUGUUACGCCGUGGUGACUGGUCUACAGGAUUUGAAGUUGUUUAUUUUUGCAGCAAUAGAUGCAUGGCAUUUACGGGUUCUAGUAGCGAUUUGACAGAAUGUGCCCAAUGUGGGAAGGCUCGUGAUCCGAUGUAUAGAUAUUUUUACUUCUCACCUCGUGAAAAAGUCAGAGAUUUUUUUGAAAACACAGGCUUGUCUAGGGUCAUUAAGGAUGCCCACAAGCGACAAAAAAAUGAAGGAGAAGUAGAAGACUUUUUUGAUGGCCAACUUUAUAAGCUUCUUUCACAGAGAUGCAUUCAAAACGCUCAAUUAGGUGAAGAUUAUCAACAAAAAAUAUCCCUCAAAUAUUUUGAAAGUCCGUGGGAUUUAGCAUUUUUGGUAUCAUUUGAUGCUGUUCCGGUGACGUUUGGCAACUCUUCUUAUGAUAUAGUUGUUGCUCGAUGCUUAAAUCUACCCCCUGAGGAGCGCAAUAAACCAUCAAAUACAAUAACUUUGAUGGCAUUUCCCUCUGGAAUUGAUCUAGCUGCUAAAAAAGAAAAAUCUGCAGUAAAAGAUUGGGAUUCAUUUUUUUUUCCAUUUAUUAAGGACAGUGCAUUAGCCAGCACACUAGGAUAUACGGUUUAUGAUGAGGACAUAGGGGUCAUGAAAACUCAGAAUUUCGACCAUAUUUUGUUUGGGUUCAAUGGUGCCUGA